AUGGCUCAUAAAACGGACGACGAAUACGAUUACUUAUUCAAAGUUGUCCUAAUAGGAGAUUCUGGAGUGGGGAAGUCUAAUCUGCUCUCUAGGUUUACCCGCAACGAGUUUUGCCUGGAGUCGAAAUCAACUAUUGGAGUUGAGUUUGCAACUCGAAGCAUUCAGGUUGAUGGGAAGACAAUCAAGGCGCAGAUCUGGGAUACAGCAGGUCAAGAAAGAUAUCGCGCAAUCACAAGCGCUUAUUACAGAGGAGCUGUCGGUUGCCUGCUUGUCUAUGACAUCACGAAACCUGUGACGUACGAGAACGUUGAGAGAUGGCUGAAGGAAUUACGAGACCAUGCAGACGCGAACAUUGUGAUUACCCUUGUCGGCAACAAGUCUGACCUGAGACACCUCAGAGUGGUUGCUACAGAAGACGCGCAGUCUUUUGCAGGUAAGUGUGUUGUUCCUUCUCUUGCUCCUGGUCCAGCAGCAACGCCGUGCUGA